GAAGUUGCUGAAGACAAAGCAGAAGAGGUUAAAGAAAAUGCUCAAGAAAACGCCAAGAAAGCAAAAGAUAGUGUAAUUGAUGUCAAGGACUAUGCUGAAGAGAACAUUAAGGAAGCCGCUAAAGACGUCAAAGAAAAUAUUCAAGAAAACAUUAAGAAAGCAAAAGACACUACAAUGGAUGAAAAGGACCAUGCUGAAGAGGAUGUUAAAGAAGCAAAAGAAGCUCUUGAAGAAAAGGUAGAAGAUACCAAAGAAUCAGUGAAAAAAGACAUCCAAGAAGCAAAAAACAUGGUUGAAGACAAGGUAGCUGAUGCUAAAGACAAGGCAGAAAAUGUCAAGGAAGAAACUGUUGAAGAGAAAGCAAAAGACAUCAACAAAGCCCAGGAAAUAAAUGACAAAGCAGUUCAUCUCAAACAAGCUGCUAAAGUCAAUGAAGCAAAAGACACAAUUGAACCUGAAGUUAUGAAACCCAUUGAAUUUGAUCUAAAGAAACCCAUUGAAGAAUAUGUCAAAGAACCCAUUCAGAAGGUUCUCAAGAAGCCCAAGCAACAACAAGAAGUCAAGUUUGAAGGCAAAGAACCUCAACCAAAAGAACAAGAUGCUUCCCUUUUAACUAAAGAGCAAGUCGUUGUUUCUGAUGACUCAUCUUUUGUUGUUCAAAAAGAACAACCUAUUGCUAAAGACAUUCCUCCUAUUGUCAUUGGUCAGUUUGUGCUUGAAGACGAAGAUGAAGUUGUGAUUGACAAUGAACCCAUUGUCCCUGACGAUAAAAGUCAAUUUGUAAAACAAUAGAAAUUUAUUUACA